CGGAUGGGGUUCCACAAUAGAGACCCUGGUAUUUCUUUUCUGGCUGGCGUGUGGUACAUCAUACAGGGUCGUCUCCAGAAUGUUUGACAUGCCUCGUUCCACUGUCCACCACAUUGUCCACCGGGUUGCUGAGGAGGUGGUGGCCAUUCGUCACCAAGUCAUUCACUUCCCCAACACCCCAGAAGACCUUCAGGCAGCUUGCCGUGGGUUUGCAGGGCUGGCCAGACACCGAGCUUUCUUGAAAGCUGCAGGAGCAAUCGACGGCUGCCAUGUCUGCAUCAAGCCUCCAAGCGGCCCUGAUGGUCAGUGCUACAGGAAAAGGAAACUGUUCCCAUCCAUCAUCCUGCAGGCUGUUUGUGACCAUCAGGGCCGCUUCAUUGACACCUACGUGGGCUGGCCCGGGUCAGUGCAUGACGCACGAGUACUCUGGUACAGCCCACUGUACAGGAUGUCAGUGUACCCUCCUCCAGGGCACUUCAUCCUCGCAGACGGAGGGUACCCAUGUCUCCAGCACCCGCUCCCCCUCAUCACUCCCUACAAGAGGCCAGUACGAGGUAUGGGGAACCAGCGCUUUAACCUUCAUCAUUUCAGGGCACGCUCCAUUAUAGAGCGUUCUUUUAGGAUGAUGAAGACCAGGUUCAGGGCCAUCUUCCUGAAAGCGCUGGAGGUGCACCACACCUUUGUACCUCAUGUCAUCACAGCAUGUGCUGUCCUCCACAACAUCUGCCUUGGCGUUGGUGAUAUCAUGCCCACGGAGUAUGAGCACGAGGAGGAUGAUGCAGAGGAUGAGGGGGAGCAUGUGUUGGAGACUGUCAGCGGUGCUCCCUGGCGAGACCAGUUGUGUGCAGAGGUGUCUGCCCUGGAGGAGGCUCCCAUCGACCACGACUACUUGUAGGCAAUGAGAUGACAGCCGUUGAUUGAGUCAGCCCUGCAAACCUG